AGAAUGAACUUCCACCAGCAGGGGGUAACAGUGAGGCAGAUGAGUUAUACUUGAGGAGAAAUCUGUGUUUUAUAACCCAAAACUUAUUUGAAUUCAUGUGUAAAAGUUCCUUCCUGAAGCUGUUUGAGAUGCAACAAUGCCAAAUGUUCCAGGUCUGUCUGCAGCUUUUUGUUUUUCUCUCUCAGGCUGUCUCAUCUCUCCAUAUCUGGUUUAGGUUAGGGUCUCACAUGUGCUCUGAUUGGUUUAAACUUUGGACUGAAGGGUUUGUUUUUCACCACACCCUGCAAUAAAUCUUAUUCUAGGCAUUUUCCUGCGCAUCAGCCUGAGGCGCACUGAUGGGACACAGCAGGACUGUUUCUUUUCGACUUUUUAAAAAGGAUUUAUAAAUAUUUUUUUAAUCAAAAGAGAAAUAUCUUUAUAGGUAUUCUGUGGGAUUUUUUUAGAAUCAUAUUACAGUUCACCUUUUCAUUUUUAUUAACUAAGCAAAGAAGAAAACUUUUUUUCCCCCUUCUUCCCUACGUUUAAAUACGGAGUGAUUUUCUGUUUUUGGGAGCGCGUAAAAACGCACGGCCACUCCACAUGGCGCACAUGUGCAGGCAGCUUACCGGCAGCGCGGCGAGCUGCGCGGGCUGGAUCGGGGUCAUCGUCGCCACCGCCACCAACGACUGGGUCCGGACCUGCGACUACACAGUGACCACCUGCGUCCGCAUGGACGAGCUGGGCUCCCGGGGCCUCUGGGCAGAGUGCGUCAUCUCCCCGGCUCUUUAUCACUGCGUGGCCCUCAACCAGAUCCUCACACUGCCCGCUUACAUCCAGACGUCUCGUGCUCUGAUGAUAUGCGCGUGCCUGCUCGGUCUUCCCGCCAUGCUGCUCGUGCUCAUGUCGAUGCCCUGUGUCCGGCUGCAGAACGACACCUCGGCUGUCAAGCUGCGCCGCGGCCGGGUGGGAGGGGUCCUGUUCAUCCUCAUGGCCGUGUGCAGCAUCAUAUCGACCGUCUGGUUCCCCAUCGGCGUCCACCAGAGCGAGGGUCUGAUGUCUUUCGGCUUCUCGCUCUACGCCGGCUGGGUCGGCGCCGCUCUCUGUCUCCUGGGCGGCUCCGUGAUCUUGUGUUGCCACGGCAACGACAUCAGGACCCCGAGCAGAGAGAACAGCUUCUACUACUCCAGACAGCGGGGCACGGCCACGCCGAUGGACCCCCCCGCCAACCACGCCAAGAGCGCCAUGGUGUAAAAACCCGGUUCUCUGGCGCCUCAUUUCACAGACUGUGUGAUGAUGAUCAAGCUGUGCAUUUUGAUUUUUUUAACAUUUAACUGAUGCAACUGCGGGAGUGAUUUAUUGGGGUUUAGUGCUUUGCUCAAGGGCAGCCAGCCACAGUUAUAGAUACCUUCACAUUUCAGUGGGUGGAGCCUAAUGACUCAUUGUUAUUGCCUCAGAAAACAGAAUUUUACCAUCAAAUAUCAGACUGAAUUUAGUCACUAUUCGCUCUGACUUUAUUCCAAUUAAUGGAAUUAAAGAAGAAAACUUAGUCCAGUAGAGAGAAAACUAACAUUUUCAAUACAUUUUUCUCUACUAAAAUAAACAUUGCAAAAGUCGUCAAUCAAGAGACAUGAUCGACUAGAUGUGCUUUUUUAAAAAUUAAUUAUAAAACUAGAUCAAUAUUACACCGGCUUUACAUUAAAACAAAUUCAAUCGCUUGUGGACAUUGCACGAAGAAACCUCACUUUUUGCGCCACUUUUUGGUAUCAUCAGGCAAUUACUAGAAAUUACCCAGCAUGCAUUGGACGCCAACGUAAUCUCACACAGACGUUGGACUCUGACAACAAAAUUUUGGUUGCAAAUUAAAAUCAUGUUGACGUCAAAAAGCCAAUGCGGCUAAUUCGUCUAAUUGAGAUGUUUGGAGGACGUUGGAUUUUGGUUGCUUAGCAACACAAUUUGAAUUGGUAGUAGUAAUCCAUUGGUAAUAAUUAGGAUUUUCAAGCGUUCACGUCACCAGACCUAGCCAAUACACAGCAUACUCAUUAAGUUUUCCAUUCAUAAUUAUGGCUUUUUUUGUUCUUAGUUUGAAUAUCUUGUACUGGAGACUGUAAUUAUAUGAUCUGCUUCACUUGAUUCAGCAGUUGUCAGCGUGUUACAUUAACUCUCCAGGACAGGAAGAGAAGUUGUUUUUUCUUUUUUGCUCUCUGCCUGUUUAACUGACCAUGAACUCAGUUUUCAACGACACAUCACGUCCUGUCGGGAGAAUGAGAUGAGGUCAGCAACAUUAAUCUCUCACUCACCUACUUUAAUGGAACUUACAACAUUUUAAUGUUCAUUAUACUUUUAUUUUGUUAUAUUUCCUUUUUUGUCUGACUUAUGCAGCUUUUACAGUUAUUGGUUUUUACAAAAAACCUUUUAAACUGUUGCUUGUUUGUGGUUAGAGCUUGUGACUUUAAUGUUUUUUUAAUGGUUUGAAGAUGUUUCCUAAAGAAAUCCGGAGAAUUCAAGUUUUAUGUUGAACAAAGAAUGAGAUUACCUGCUCUCAUUUAAUCCAAAUAUGUCGUCUCAUGUACCAACAACUGUUUAUUUUAUCAUUUUAAACUAAUCAUAUUCACAAUAUAAUCAAUAUGUAUUAACUCUGUAUCUGGUUUUUGACUGGUGCUACCAUUAAUAAAAGUUUAAAAUCA